UCUUGCACAUUUUCUAUUAAUAUUUUAUAGAUUAGAUUACAAUGAGUCGUUUAGGACAUUCAUCUCGAAUCUUUCGGCCGAAUUUACGUUCCAGGAGAUCAUUACUCUCAGAUCUUAAUCAAACUCAAAUCUCGAGUACGGUUAUCGAUCCACCCAACCACGUCACAACGACCUCAACCUCUCUAGCCUGCUUGCCGUUAAACGUGUUGACCAAGAUCUAUUCAAGACUUGACCUCACUACCUUGGGUAACCUCGGUCUGGUCUCUAAGAGUUUAGCAGAUACUGUUAUUGAGUUCUUGGAGCAGGAUAGUGUGUCCUCUAUGUUGUUCCCCAGCUGUAUCCAUUUAGGAAUAGAGGAGGAGAAGACUAAGUAUAUUAUUCGAGGCAGUCAACGUGUUUAUACGAUGAAUUCUAGCAACCUGGCAUCAAACUAUAGGAGCUUGGGAUUGAUGAUUAAGAGGGUUAGUAUGGUGAAACCAACUUCUAUUCGUCUAUCUCUAGCAUACAGUGUAAUGCACAGGAUAAGUCUGAUUGUGGCAUCUGGGUCUAACAAGGAACUGAUGACAGGGUUUGGUAUCUACUUCCAUUCAUUCACUAGGGGCUGGAGAUCAGAUGAAAGUGAAGCUGCGGCUAGGAUGAUUUCAUCUCACAAUAUGGCAGAGAUUCAAUCCUUACUCCAGGAGGAGUACAUUUUCGGUUCCAACCCUAUCCUGGAGAUCACAGUCAGGAACUUCCUCAGGGCAUUCUUCGUCGAUGUGGAGAAGGAAAACAGGCUCUCCUGGUUGCUGGCCAUGGUUCGUAUAUUCGUCCCAUUCCGUGAGUCGGAGAAGGUUGGGAAACUGCUCUGCCUCGCCUCUGCUCCUCUCAAGGAAGCAAGAUGGUUGGAGGGAAUACAAUGGAAGGAUAAUAUGGAAGCAGUUCCGGCUUGUGUCAAGGUGGCGAACUAUAGAUAUCAGGAGCUCGUCAAAAUUAUUCUUAAUCUGGAGAGAUUAGGUGGAUAUCAAGGUUCAGAUAAUUGUCUGAUGAAGGUUCUCUCUGUGGUAUUCCGAACUCCCCAACCUUGGUUACCGGAGAAUAAAGCUAGUUUUCUUAUCCUCUCAGGUCCUAGGAUCACAAGGCAGUACCUGGCGUACUUAGUGAACCAGGCAGUACAAUGUAACAGGAUGGACCCACCUAUCACCAGAGAAUCCUUCAACCUGGUUGGAGAUGUUCUUCUUGGUCUCUUCCUAAUGCAAUCUAGGUUUAGGAGAUCUAUGGAGCUCAUCUACAUCAGAUUGGAUGAAUUGAUCCCUUUACUACCCAGCUCUGCCCGGAAACCAUUCUUCAACGCAGUCUGGGGCUCUAUCUCCAGGGAGAUGGUUGAAGUGAGGGAGGGAGUGGAGGAUGAUUGGGCUAAAGAUUCAUCCUUCCAUAUAUACUCAGUCAUUCGGACUCUAGGAUUGAGGUUAACAGUUAAGGGAUUUCUCAAUCGUGAGAAUACAGAGAGGAUGGAUACAUCAGAGAUUGAGGAUUAGUGUCUAUACUCCAAGGUUUAGACUGAGCUUUAGAGAUAACCAUACUCCAAGGUUUAGAGCUCGAGAGAUAACCAACCCAAGAUUUAAAUGAUAUCUUGUAUCCUAGGGGGCUAGUCUAUUUCCACAUUUAAGCUUAGAUUGAAAAUUCGAUAUGCUAUAAUUAUAUUUAAACCUGUUAUAAACUAAUAUUUGUAACUCGAAAUGAUUUGUUAAAAAAUUAAAAUUUAUUGUUAUGUUUUUACCCUUUUUCUAACCUAAAUAAGGAGAUAGUUGUUCAACUUUAAUGAAUUAAUUUUAAUUUUGAGUAUUAUUUCUGCUACCCAGCUAAAAAAUAUUCUUUCUGCUCCUAAUAAAAGAGGAUUUAAAAUACUUAUGAGAUCAAAUAAACCUGUCUAAUGUAAAUUCAGAGAUUCUAUUCAACAAAUAUUUUGCAAUUGCAACAAAGAAGAUUGAGACAUCUUACACAAUUCAAUUAAUAUCAAUAUCAUUUUAUGAACUAUUCAUUUCAUGUUAACUGAGACGCCAUGUAUGUUUUGCAAAUCAGCAAUAAAAUGUUGCUUGUA